UCAAAUCUCAUCUUUCUUCCGAUUUUCCUCUUCUUCAGCUCCUCUCCCCUCCAUCGAAUUCCCCUCGUUUCUCUGCUCUUCCCAAUACACACAAUAAAUUAGCAAAUCAAAAUCCUCCCUCUCUCUCUCUCUCUCUCUCCCUCUCUCUCUGCCUUUUCUUCUCGAAUUUUGAAAUCGGAAUCCAUCAUCACCCUGAAAAAACAAAAGGCUCGACGCCCAUCGAUUGCACCCAUACCCUUGCAGAUCCAAAUGGGUCUCUGAAAAUCUUGGCUUUUUCCUCGCUCGUUGAUCGUUUUUCCUUUUGUUUGAUGGGUCGUCUGGAGAUGUAGAAGAAGUGGGCUGUGAGAGGGAGAUGUUGGCGAUGGAGAAGGAAUUUGAUUCAAAGCUUGUUCUUCAAGGGAAUUCAUCCAACGGUGCCAAUAUAUCCAGAAGCAAGAGCUUCGCGUUUAGGGCUCCCCAGGAGAAUUUCACCAUUCAGGAUUUCGAACUGGGCAAGAUCUAUGGCGUUGGUUCUUAUUCUAAGGUUGUCAGGGCAAAGAAAAAAGACACAGGAUCUGUUUACGCCUUGAAGAUAAUGGACAAAAAAUUCAUCACAAAGGAGAAUAAAACAGCUUAUGUUAAGUUGGAGAGGAUAGUUCUUGAUCAACUCGAACAUCCUGGGAUCGUGAAGCUGUUCUUCACGUUUCAAGAUACAUUUUCUCUAUACAUGGCACUUGAAUCAUGCGAGGGGGGAGAGCUUUUCGACCAGAUAACCAGAAAAGGUCGACUUUCAGAGGAUGAAGCUCGGUUCUACACUGCAGAAGUUGUGGAUGCGCUCGAGUACAUACAUAAUAUGGGACUGAUACACCGAGACAUUAAGCCGGAGAACUUGUUGCUCACUUCAGAUGGGCACAUCAAGAUUGCUGAUUUUGGUAGUGUAAAGCCCAUGCAAGACAGCCGAAUAACCGUGCUCCCAAAUGCAGCCUCUGAUGAUAAGGCCUGCACUUUUGUCGGGACUGCUGCAUAUGUUCCUCCUGAAGUUCUGAACUCAUCUCCAGCAACAUUCGGAAAUGAUCUAUGGGCACUCGGCUGCACUCUCUACCAAAUGCUUUCAGGAACUUCUCCUUUCAAGGAUGCAAGUGAAUGGCUGAUUUUUCAAAGAAUCAUUGCCAGAGAUAUAAAGUUCCCUCAUUAUUUUUCAGAUGCAGCGAGAGACCUCAUUGACCGUUUACUGGAUUCGGAUCCUGGCAGAAGACUAGGUGCGGGGCCAGAAGGUUAUGCUGCUCUCAAGAAUCACCCUUUCUUUAAGGGCAUUGACUGGAAGAAUCUAAGGUCGCAGACCCCUCCAAAACUAGUUCCAGAUCCCGCGUCUCAGUCAGCUUCUCCCGAGAGGGAUGAUGGCCAUGGUUCUCCAUGGAACCCGAACCAUGUUGGAGAUGCUUCAGCCAUGCAGAACGAUGGGCAUGGUGGUGGCCCCUCUGAAUCAUCGGGUUCGAUAACCAGGCUUGCAUCCAUAGACUCUUUUGAUUCGAGAUGGCAACAGUUUCUGGAACCAGGAGAAUCGGUGGUGAUGAUAUCAGCGGUGAAGAAGUUGCAGAAGAUCACGAGCAAGAAGGUUCAGCUGAUACUGACGAACAAACCCAAGAUAAUCUACGUCGACCCAUCAAAGCUCGUCGUCAAAGGGAACAUAAUCUGGUCCGACAACUCGAAUGAACUCAACGUCCAAGUCUCGAGCCCUUCCCACUUCAAGAUCUGCACGCCAAAGAAGGUUUUAUCAUUCGAAGACGCGAAACAGAGAGCGUCUCAAUGGAAGAAAGCCAUCGAGACUCUUCAGAAUCGCUGAGAGACACUGCAUGAUUUGGCGGCUUCCAUGUCCAUUUGUUUCUCUCUUUAUUUCAUCUACCUCUUUUUUUUUCAACUGACAAAAAAACAAUUCUUCUGAUGUGUUUGAUCAAACCCCCCUUUUGAGAAAUACGACUGCUACGUUUCAUAAAAAAACAGAGCCCCUAUGUCGGAAGGAAGUUCCUCUCUGUU